AGGAGGGGAGGAAGGGUCAGGUUUUGUGAAGUGACCGUUACUUAGUGGGGACUUCAAUGGGCGCCGGCAAACCGUCUGUACAAGGUUGCGCUCAUUAAGAGCCUCGAUUUGACCGGUUGAGUCACGGCUCCUUCGCCGGCAUACCGCCCUUGUUUUGCCUUCGAGCGGUAUUUAGGCGAGUCGCCGCCGUCAGUACUCUCUCUUUCUGUCUCUCUCUUUCUUUCCAAAGAGAUCGCCCAAAUCACAAGUCGGUCAUUCACCGUCAGUCUCCGUUCUUUAGCUUAGUCAUCAUUCAUCUCUCUCUUUCGGAGGCUAUAUAAAUUUAAUAAUUUAAUAUGUUGUGAGAACUUUCUGAUCUUUUGAUAGUCGGUUGUCAUCUCAUUCCGGGGUUCUGUUGCUGCUGCUGCUUCUUUCUUACCAUUUUCAAGGGGAAAACCCUACCUCGCCCUCCCCCACGCUUCUUCUUCUUCUUCCUCUCAUUCUCUCUCCCUCUCGAAUCUCGCUUAUUUUGGCUGACCCAGAUUUCCGGAAGUGCAUGCGCUCUGAAGAAGCUACCCCAAACGCGGCCAUUCUUUGUCGCUUCGGUUGCCCAACAACUCCACCUCACUAGUGGUGCCUGUUGCCGGGUUCCUUUUUCCACUUGGACUUCUUCCGGUAGAUGGGGAGCGAUGGUGGCAGCGGCUUCGUUCUAGAAACAGCUGCUGCCUCGGGCGGGAGAAUGAGAAAGGCCGGUUCCGCCGCUACCACCAUCGUUUCGUCAACAGGCAUGAGCAAGAACGACGGCUUUCUCUUGCCUGCUCCGUCCUCGACGUCGAAGCCCAGCCAUCUAGACCCUCGAGCACAAGAGUUCAGACCCAAAAUCAUCGCUGCCCCGCCCCUCCCGCCGUUCGUCUACCCUUACACCUAUCCUUGUGAAUUUUCUCCUUGUCCUCUCCCCCCUGCUCCUCCCCCUCCUUGCGCUCCUCUCCGACCUGCGGCGCGGCCGUCGGACCUUGCCCCUAGCGGGAGAGAGAACGCGUCGAGGUCGCUGCUGCUGAGCUCGGUGCCGCCUGGCGUGAGCGAGGGAUGCCUCCUGCGGGAAUUGGAGUUGUUCGGUCCGGUGCGGGGGUUGGAGAUGGAGAAUAUCGAGCAGGGGUUGGUGGUGGUUCACUUCUACGACGUGAGGCACUCGCAGAGGGCGCUGGCGGAGAUUCAGGAGCAGCACAUGAUGCAGCAGAGCCGGCUUGCACAGCAUUACACGGCCCUCAUGAGGGCCGGUGAGGUGGUGCUGCCUCCUCCGCCUCCGCCUCCCCUUCCGCCGCCACUCCACUCGAGAGGGCUGAUUGGUGGCUGUGCUGUGUGGGCUCAGUACAGCAGCGCGCCGAUGAGGGUAAGCAAGUACGCCGGCGGUGGGCUGCUAGAUGCUCACAACCAAGGCACGUUGGUGGUCUUCAAUUUGGAUUCCGAGGUUUCGUCCGGCCUACUCAAGAACGUCUUCGAGGCUUUCGGUGCGGUUAAGGAGCUGCGGGAGACGCCAUCGAAACGACAACACCGCUUCGUCGAGUUUUACGACGUCAGGGAUGCUGCCAGGGCGCUGGCAGAGAUGAACGGACGAGAAAUAUGUGGCAAGCGCGUCAAGAUUGAAUUCAGUCGCCCCGGUGGCCAGGCGAGACGGCUGCGCAACAGCGUCGCCGGCGCUGGUGCCAUCGCCGUUCACGUUGCCGCCGACAACCUCAACCUUUUCGACGCUAGACCGCAUGCUCUUGCACCCGACCCUUCUACGCGCUCGUUUCCAACGCAGCCGCGGCUGCUGGACCGGGACCGAUCACCUUGUCUGCCUUCGUCGCACUCUUCUAAUAGCAAUAUAAGGGGAGAGGUGGUGGCUGGAGGGAGAACCAGUAUGGCUGGCGGAGCUCUCAGUAAUGCCAAUGUUUGCUUGAGUUCUCUAGCGCCGCCGGCGAGGCCAUCGCCGGUUGCAGUCGAUGGGGACGAUCUUAAUCGCAGAAAGAGCAAAAGCAGCAUCGAUUCGAAACACCAAUCUGGCCAUUCUCCUCGUGGUGGUGGUGGUGCUGCUGCCAUAGCCGGUCUCAGGACUGGCGGGUGUGGUACGAAGAAUUGGAACGUGAGGAUGAACGAGGAGACGCAGUUCGCAUUCGACGAAGCAAAGGCAACAUCGAAUUGGAUUGACCCCAGGACCACCGUCAUGAUAAAGAACAUCCCCAAUAAGUACAGUCAGAAGCUGUUGCUCAACAUGCUUGAUCAGCACUGCAUAAGUUGCAAUGAGCAGAUCGUUGACGAUGGUCAGGACGAUGAUAGUGAACCUCCAUCCUCUUAUGAUUUUGUGUAUCUGCCCAUCGAUUUCAAGAACAAGUGCAAUGUUGGUUAUGGGUUCGUGAAUAUGACGUCCCCAAAGGCGACGCUGAGACUCCACAAGGCCUUUCAUAAACAGCCUUGGGAAGCUUUCAACUCAAGAAAGAUCUGCGAAGUCACCUAUGCUCGGUUACAGGGCCUCGAUGCUCUGAAGGAACAUUUCAAGAACUCGAAGUUUGCAUGCGACACGGACGAGUAUCUGCCGGUGAUCUUCUCGCCGCCGCGUGACGGGAUGGAGCUGUCGGAACCAAUGGCAAUCGGAGGACACACCAGCAAGGGCAGGCAGCGUGUUCCUCAGUCCCCUCUGGCGACGACGAGCUUGCCGACGAAUGGGAAAAGACCACCAGCUGCUGCAGCGACCACUCAGCAAAUUGGCGGCGUUGGCAGUGGCUUUGGCAGUGCCGCUGCUGCUGCUGCUGACGAUGGCGACGUUGACGUCGUCACCCUCGAGGCGCAAAGCCACCACCCUCGCCACCGUCACCACCACCGCGACUCAGCCCUCGACGACGACGUCUGCCACUACGACCACCGCGACGAUUCUUCCUCCACCCCGUCGCCACCACCUUACGCGUCCACCGCCACCACCAGCGGUUGCUCGUUGCGCCCUCGUGAGUGCCAACAGCAGCCGAAGCCCAUUAGUUGUCCCGAGGUUAGCUGAUUCUAUAAAUCUCCCUCCCUCUCUCUCUCUCUCUCCCUUUUCUCUUUGUAUGAUGUUCUUUUUCCUGCAAUUCAUCCUUAUCUUUGAGGAUUC